ACUUCUCUUAAUUAGGGUUCUAUGAAUAGAACAAAGUUGGAAUGGCUUAGCUCAUAAUGUCCCAUCACCAAGGUAAUAUCUCAGUGGGCUGAUCCAAACCAGUGGACUUCAAAUAGGCUUUGGGUUGCUGUACAUUAAAGGAUACUAAGAAUCACUUGACGAUUAGUUUGUCACCAUAAUGACCUCUAAAAACAGAACCAAUGAAAUCAUUAAAAAACUUAAAGCUAGCAAAAAACAUCUCCUGGAGGCGAUAAACGAAAAGCGUGACUCCAACUGCUUUGUGGAAAGAAGCAAUCAAGUCAGUUUAUUGAGAGUUCAAAAGAGGCAUUUCAGUGGUGCCCACCAGUCCUUUACUCACACCCAAAUCAAAGAACCCGUUCCUGACAGUGGCAGGAGCUCCUGGGUCACACUGAGUCUCCUUGUUCACACCGAGAAAAAGCACUUUCCUGCAAAAAAUAAUGCCAUAUUUGGAUAAAGUGCAUCUCCAGAGACACACAGAAAUACAACCUCUUUGAUCCUUC